AGAGAGAGAGAGAGAGAGAGAGAGAGAGAGAGAGAGAGAGAGAGAGAGAGAGCUAUCCCAGGGACAAAUCCACAGCACACAAAUACAAAGUCUCUGUAAGAAACUAAAUUUAAAGCCACCAGCAUGCAGAGCAGCAGCCAGUGCUUUCACGUUUCCAAUAAAAUGUCUCAUAUUAAAAGAGCUCCAUACUUUGUUGAGAGAAAAAAUGAUAACACAGAAGAGGAGGAGGAUCCCGAAGAAUAUUGCAAUGGAGGCUACCACCCUGUACAUGUGGGCGAUGUAUUUAACAAGAGGUAUAAGGUUCUGUCCAAGCUGGGUUGGGGCUACUUUGCUACUGUGUGGCUCUGUGUGGACCUCAGGUCUGGAAGAUAUGUAGCAGUGAAGAUCCUAAAAAGUGGAUCUGGCUUCUCACAGGCUGGCCAAGACGAGUUAUCACUACUGCGCUGUGCCAGCAGUCCCACAGUCUGCCACCCACUGAGAGGACGCAUUGUCCAGUUGCUGGAUGAGUUCAAAAUAGUUGGUGUUAAUGGCAUCCAUGUGUGUCUGGUGCUGGAGUUGCUGGGUCCAGAUCUGCGCUGUUGGCAGGUGUGUUUUGGCAAACCUGGCCUCUCACUAGCAUGUGUCAGAAGAAUAAUCACUCAGGUGCUUGAGGGUCUUGACUAUCUGCACACACACUGUAAGAUCAUCCAUGCAGAUAUUAAGCCUGAGAAUGUUCUGCUUUGUCUUGGGCAGCAGCCUCUGGCACAUGAAACACACAUAAAUCCUGAGAACAUUUCUGUGAAAAUCACAGACCUGAGCAGCUCCUGCUGGGUGUACAAACACUUCUGUGAGGAAAUCCAGACCCAGCAGUAUCGUUCUCUAGAAGUUCUGCUAGGUUCUGAAUACGGGCCUCCUGCUGAUAUCUGGAGUGUAGCCUGCAUGGCUUUUGAACUUGCCACUGGUGACCCUUUAUUUGAGCCCAAAACUGGAAGGAAUUUCUCUUUGGAAGAAGACCAUCUAGCACAUAUUAUUGAGCUCCUGGGAACAAUCCCUGCAUCAGUGGCUCUGUCUGGAAAAUAUUUUACAAAGUACUUCAGCAGCAGUGGCAACCUGCAAAGAAUUCCUACCCUUCGCCCAUGGGGGUUGUUUGAAGUCCUGAUAGAGAAAUAUAAUUUCCUUCUUCAAGAGGCAACUCUCUUCUCUGACCUUCUGCUUCGAAUGCUGGACUUCCUGCCAGAGCGGAGGAUGACAGCAGCUCAGUGCCUCAAACACCCAUGGCUUAAGUUGUGACCUUACAUUUUGACCUUCUCUUAAGAUGCUUGAGCUUUUAGAUGUUGUGUGGAUACUUUUUCACACUGCAAGGUUUGGUGUUUAAAAUUCCUUCACUUACAAUCUUUAUAUAAUGACUAUUUAGACAGUGAAGUUUUUGUAUUCUGGUGCAGGGAACAAGGACUAUUAAAAUAAAUGACAGAAUGUCUGCUCGAUUAUGAGCAUUAUAGGAAACUUUUUAUGCACAGUCAAGAAUAAACAACCAUAUAUAAAGGUUUUAGUUUUAAAAGAUGCUGCAAUUGUUUUGCAAUCAAUGACUGCUAUUUUUAAUAAAGUGAAAAAAUGAAUUUCAAUAAAGUCAUGCUAAAAAACAAACAAAACAAAAAUACUAUCAUGAAGCUCAUAUUGUCACAACACAGCAAGCCACAAGCUCCACAUCACAAUCCACAGACUCCAUUUCACAGCAUGCAUGUACUACAUGGCCACCAUGGACUAAAUACAACAUUAUGUUGCACUAUUAUAAACUGUUAUAGAAAUGACAUUAUUUACAUUUACAUUAUUUACUGUCCAGUGUCACCCAAAUGAGGAUGGGUUCCCUUCUGUGUCUGGUUCUUCUCAAGGUUUCUGCCU